AUGGCACUGACAUUGAUGCUGUUGGGCGUCGCUGUCCCGCUCUAUGUUGUGUUAAGGGCUGUCUACAAUGUGUUUUUCCAUCCUCUGGCUGAAAUCCCAGGGCCGUUCCUCGCCCGCGUCUCGUCGUGGUUGUCGUUUUAUCAUGCGUACAAAGGAGACAGACAUCUCUGGAUAACGCGAUGUUUUGAGAUAUAUGGGAGCAGAGUACGGUUGACGCCUGAUACGGUUCUGUUUCGUUCUGCUCGCGCAUCCAACGACAUCUACGGGCACGGCGCCAAUCUGAAAAAAUCCAACUUCUACGACUCGUGGCCGAAGAAUAAGCACGAUUUCAACACGCUGAGCACCACUGACCCAGCGUUGCACCUCAAGAAGCGCAAACUGCUCAAGCUAGCGGUCAACGAAUGGACCGCAGAAGCCGCAGCAGGUAUCAUAGCGAAGCACAUCGACCGUUGGAACGAACUGACCACUGACAACUGCGAUGAUGGGGCGUGGUCCGACGGAAAAGACAUGAAAGCUUGGGCCGACGCCCUCCUCUUUGACAUCUUCGGCGAUUUGCUACUAGGCAGGAGUUUUGAGACGAAAGAGAAAACGACCAAUAAUCCAUUCCGAGAGAUUCCCAGCCAUGUUAUCAAGUUCAUGCAAUUCAUCUACCCUGUAACUAAAUCCCCCUUUCUGGACGUAAUCGUGUGGCUCAAACCACGUGGGCUCAACGCUUUGCUCGAGAGAUUUGCUCCACGCGAGGUACAGCACUACUAUGACUUCGUCGCAUCAAGCGUUGCGCAGGGCUUAGAAGCCUCCAAGAGCGCCAGCACCUCCUCCUCCACGCCACGAGAGGAUAUCUUCCACUUCCUGUGCACCUCCAUUGACCCAGAGUCAGGAAAGCCAGCGUUCACAGAAGAAGAACUGCUUUCAGAAACACACUUGCUGAACAUUGCGGGGAGAGACACAACCGUAUGCACCAUCUCUGCGCUAUUCCACUACCUUUCGCAGAACCGCGCCGUCUACGACAAAGUCGCACAGGAGGUCAGAGAAACGUUCACGGAGCCCGAAGAGGUGCUACCUGGUGCGCGACUGAAUAGCUGCGCCUAUGUGCGUGCGUGCAUCUGGGAGACACUGCGUCUCGCUCCGCCCGGGCCUAGCGAGCUUCCGCGCGUCAUUCUGAAGGGAGGGAUGACGAUCGAUGGAGAAUUCUAUCCUGAAGGGACGAUUGUAGGGACUGCGGGUUGGGCUAAUGGCCAUAAUGACGGUGUGUACGGUGACGCGGAGGUAUUCCGGCCUGAGCGAUGGAUUGUGUCUGUUGAAACGGGCGUCACGGCUGAGGAGGUAGCGAGGCUGAAGGAGGGGUUUCAUCCUUUCUUGAAGGGUCCGGGUGGAUGUUUGGGGCAGCAUCUUGCGCUCAUGGAAUUGAAUAUGAUUUUGGGGAGAACUCUCCUGAGAAUGGAUUUCGAGGGCAUGGAGGCGAGCGGUAUUGGGGAUGAGAGGGUUGGGAAGGAGUGGGGAAGGUGGAAGGGGCAGUAUCAAUUGGAUGAUGCAUAUAUGGCUAUUGGUAAGGGCCCAAUGGUGCGAUUCAGGAAACGGGGAAAUAUUUAG